GUCACGGCCCCGCCCACUCGAGCUCCGGUUUGAUCACUGCGCGCUGCUGACAGGCGCCGCGAACUCGUGCUCGGUGGCGAUUUAACGGCAUUAAGCGGCGGCGGGCUGUCGUUAUUCGGCUACCGGAGGGUUAUGACUCUAAACAUGUUCACCUAACCCAUCCUGAGCGGUGGUGAUGCGCUCACGAGCUCGUGAGGCAGCCGAUUGUCAUUUCGACUUAGCUGGCGUUCGCUUAGCCGCCACAGGCUAAUUAAUUAACCCGUUCUCUGAGGUAAAUAUUGACUCCAGAUCAACGGAAACGCAACAAAAACGCCACAACGCGUCCAGAACGCCAGGCUACAGCGAGGACCAGCGCUGUUUCGUCGUGUUGACAGAACGCGAGGGAUUAACGGCAGGUGGAGCUGUGACGAUUGUGUGGAUAAGAACAUUGAACAGGAUGCAGGGAAACCGAGAAGACGCUCGUUCACCAUGACGUCCCCCUCGCCUUCAUCUCAACCAUAGGAACACACACACACACACACACACGCGCGCGCGCGCAGAAGAACACACACCAUCACACUACAGCCCAGGUGUGUCAGGGUUUGCUUUGAGGGAUCAUGUCUGUGGUCUUCACUCCCGAAGGGAUGAAGGAGGGCGACGGCUCUCUGUCCACCGAUGCUUCCGCGGGCAUCCGUGGCAAAAGCAGCCCGACGGCACCCGCAAAAGACACCAACUCCGACAGCACAGAACCUGACGACAACCUUUCCCAGGACGCACAGCGGCGCUGUCAGAAUCACGGCCACACUAGGAAACGAGCAAAGUCGAAUGCGAAGCUCAAGUUGGUGAGGAGUCUUGCAGUUUGUGAAGAAUCAUCAGGACCGUUUUCGACCGAUGGUCCUCCAGAAUCACAGGACAUCAUUCAGCUUCACAUCAGCUGUCCGUCUGAUAAAGAGGAGGAGAAAUCCUCGAAAGACGAGUACGAGGAUGAGGAGAGGGAAAAGAAGGAUAAAACUCCACGCAAGAUGCUCUCGCGCGACUCCAGUCAGGAAUACACUGAUUCCACAGGGAUUGAUGUGCAUGAGUUCCUGGUGAACACACUGAAAAACAAUCCCAGAGACAGAAUGAUGCUGCUGAAGCUGGAACAGGAUAUCCUGGAGUUCAUUAAUGAUGAGAAUAAUCAGUAUAAGAAACCUCAUAAAAUCACAUCAUACCACAUCAUGCCGCCGCAUACUGUUCGCAUCCAACACAACCAUGCCAAAAACGCAAACCAAACAUCAAAAACAAUAACAACAAAAAACACCAGCAACACACGCAUCCCCGAGCAGAGGUUCUCUGAGCACAUUAAAGAUGAGCGCAACAUGGACUUCCAGAAGAAGUUCAUCCUGAAGCGAGACGAUGCCAGCAUGGAUAAGGACGAUAAUCAGAUCCGGGUACCGCUGCAGGACGGUCGGCGCAGUAAGUCCAUCGAGGAGCGAGAGGAGGAGUACCAGCGCGUCAGAGAUCGCAUAUUUGCACGAGAAUCCUCACAGAAUGGAUACAUCAAUGAUAACAGGGGUAACAGGGAAAGCUCCAGCCGGGCGUCCAGCAGUCGCCAGAGCAGCACCGACAGCGACAUGAAGAGCCUGGAGCCGCGUCCGUGGAGCAGCACAGACUCGGACAGCUCCAACCGCACGCUCAGACCUCCGGUCACCAAAGCCAGCAGCCCAGGGGCUCCCGCACGGGUAACACACACACACACACUCAUAACAAAGGGGUCGCAGGGCAGCGCCAGGGGCUCCCGCACAGGUCUUCCUACAGUCACUCCAGACAUUUGUACGCCCUCUCAGCCGCCUCAGCAGAGAUGCGGGCUCCUGCCGUGUCCCCCGAACUGCCCCUCCGGAGCCCCUCAGACCCCGAGCCAACAAGCCCCACCACCGCUGCUGCCGACCCCGACUCACACACACGCACACACACACACUCACACACAGCACGCCAUCAGCGCACACAAUCACAUGCUGCCUCAGCCGUCUGCGCAGGCUGUGUCUUACUCGAACCCUUCGUGUCCUCAGGUCAUCCUGCCUGUUUCUCCUUCCCAGCAGUACAACAUGGGAGAUGAGUUGACUCCAGGUUUUGGGCAGAUGUCUCUAAGCCGUCAGGGCUCCAGCGAGGCACCAGAGCCGCCCAGCCUUUACCAGCCUCCGCCCGCCGUACUAUCCCAGCAUCCUCCACCACAGCCCAGCUACAUCAUGCCCCCGCCGCCCUCUGGAUACCAACCCGCUGCUCCACACCCACAUCCUCCUCCGCCUCCGCCUCCACCAACACAAGCCAUCCUACAGACAGCUCCACCCACGCAGGGAUACAUGCAGCCUCCGCCACCACCGCAGCAGAUCCAGGUUCAGUAUUACUCCACCGGAGGACAGUAUCCGAAUUCAGGCCAGCAGUACCGUGCCAUCUCUCACCAGGUUUCGUAUCCCGCACAGCGCUCUCAGCCGCUGCCCCCGCCGCCGCAGCCCUCGGCUCCUCUCCAGCCCAUGAUGACCAAUCAGCAGCCUGCGUACCAGAGCAUGAUGGGAGUCCAGCAGCCUCAGAGCGCCAGUAUGAUGAACACGCAGCGCACAGCCAUGAACGGACAGAUGCAGGGCAUGAUGGUCCAGUACCCACCCAUGCCCUCCUAUCAGGUGCCUGUAGCCAAUGAGAGUCAGUCUGUGGUGCAGCAGCAGUACCAGCAGCCCGUCAUGGUUCCCGCCAGUCAGUCUGUACAGGCCAUGCCGACCGCGGCACCCAUGCCCAUCUACUACAGCGUGCUGACGCCCACGCAACAGAACAGCACAAGUCCAUCUGUGGGUUACCUGCAGCCGCCCAGUUCAGACCAGUACCAGAUGACCCAGUCUGCCUCGCCCUGCAGCCCACAGCCAAUGCAGCAGCAGUAUUCAGGGGUUCCUCCUCCUGGUCCUGGUGUGAUGGUGAUGCAGCUCAGUGUCCCGAACGGACCGCAGCCGACCCAGAAUCCUCCGCUGGUGCAGUGGAACCCCUGCAAGUACUACAGCAUGGAGCAGAGACCCAGCAAACCCGAGCCGCAGGUCAGCACUCAGCUCAGCAGCCCGCUGGCGUCUCCCACACAGUCUCCGGCUCCAUCUCCGUCUGGCAGCGUGUGUCCGGGUCUCGGCCCGCUGCCUCUCAUCUCUCAGUUCCCUCGGCCUGGCGGGCCAGCACAAGCAGAUGGACGCUACUCUUUACUGGGGCAGCCGCUGCAGUACAGUCUGUGUCCUCCUCCCAUCAUGCACAACCACAACCAGUCCUCCUACAGCUCCCAUCAGAGUCAGGGAGUGAUGAAGCACGGAGCGCGGGGGAAAAGACAGACGCUCAAAUCUGCCUCUACAGACCUCGGGACUACUGACGUGGUGGUGAGUCGGGUGCUGGAGGUCACGGACCUCCCCGAGGGCAUUUCCCGUCUGGAGGCCGAGAAGCUCUUUAACCAGCUCUCGCUCUGCGGCGCCAAGAUCCAGUGGCUGAAGGACCCUCAGUGUCCCCGGGGCCCCGGCGGCGGACGGGGAGACGCCAGGGACCCCGCUAACCUCUACACCGUGGUGGCCGUGUUCCCCAACACCAUGGCGGCCCAGAGCGCCUCCUUCAAACUCAACAACAGCGGCGGGAGUUUGUUCAAACUGCGCGCCACCAAAAAGAACUACGACUUGCGCGUGCUGGAGCGAGCGAGCUCGCAGUGAGUCAGGAGAGAGAGAGAGACCGCAGGACGUCAAAGGGAAGAGAUCAUUCUGGUGUUCCUUUUUUAUCAUUUUGUAUCAUUAACAGAAGAGCACAUGUGACACAGAAGUGUGUUGCGUUGUACGUGUGUCUUAAAGGGACAGUAAAACUCACAUUCAUGUCGCUCCAAA